AACUGACCAGCGGCAAGUAGAGACUGCGAGAGUGUUGGUGUCCAAACGCCGGCCCUCGGACCUGUGGAGGGUCCUCGGUUAUUAGGAUCCGGCCACAAAAUGGGAACUCGUUUUUUUCAUUUUUUUUUAAAUGAGAUUCACCAGAGGUUUGCUGUGAAACUGGAACAAUGCCCGUUUAGAUUCACGGGAUUCACUAUCACAAAAGUUUAUGUCUAGAAACUUAAUGAUAAUCUGCAUUUAGCAUUUUAGCCUUUAUUUUUCACGGAUUUCAACUUGAGUGUUUGGUUGUUUUUUUCGCCAAACUUUGGUUUGAAGCUUUAAUCAAUUGGUCCACUUGUUACCAUGACAACCGUCAAAGGGCCUUUAAAGAUCAAAGAUGUUAAAGAUUCCUUUAUUGUCAUUGUACAUGACAUGACAUGGUACGGCGACGUUCAAGUGCACCGGCAGAAACCGCCACUGUCGUGUACAUAAGUAGCAUGUAGUAUGUAGUAUGUAGUGUUUACAACAUGGAUGCAAGCGGCUCAAGUGGAAAUGACAAGUGUUCUUCUUCAGUAGUGAGCAAGAAGAGAAAUCUCCUCUCAACGGGAAGAGGAAGAAAGAAGGAGCCAGUGAAAGAAGUGAAGAGCGUGCGGCAGCAGAGGCCGAUGCAGCAGGUCUCGUCCGGGAAGCAGAAGGAGGAUGAUGAUGAUGAUGAUGCCGCCGCCGCCACCGCUGCUGCUGCUGCGGGCGGCAGCACCGACACCUCCCGCUGGUCCACCCCCUCCAAAGGGAGCUGCGGCUGCGUCAUCCCACAAUACUCCUCCGACAGCGACGACCAGGCCGACUGCAGGAACCCAGAGGUCGAGACUGCCAACAAGUUGCAAGCAUCCGAACGGUCGGAGAGAAAGAAAGGCAAAAAAAGUGUCGACUGCCGAGAGCCGAAGUUGCCUCCGAUCAAGCCCCAGCAGGGGUCGACCCAGAGGGUCCCGCCCGACAACCUGAUCUGCGUCAGGGAGCUGAAGAACCAGCUGGGCGAGCUGCAGCAGCAGCUGACGGAGGCGCAGAGCGAGAACAAGCUGCUGAAGAGGCUCCAGCAGCGGCACACGGUGGCACUGCAGCGCUUCCAGGACCUGGAGGGCAGCAUUUCAGAGAUCGCCUCCAAGCACAGCAACGAGGCGCGAGUCCUGCGCGCGCUGCUGCGCGACACCCGCACCUGCCGCGACGGCCUGGGCCGGCAGCUGCAGGCCUCGGAGAACACGCUGCUCAACACGAAGGACAAUCUGCAGCACCUGCAGGUCCUGAGCCACGACCACAACCUGCUGGAGAGGGAGGAGCUCACCUGCAUGGUGGACCAGGCCACCGCCGAGCUGGAGGAGAGGGACAGGAGGAUACUGGACUUGGAGAAGAACCUCCACUUGUGCCAAACCUCGUUCAAUCGCCAACUAGUCACCGAGCAGAAGAAGCUCACGGACGAGAGGAGCGUUUCCUGCCACCUACGAGAGCACAUAGUUCAACUCACCCAUGAAGUCCAAGACAGAGGGAGAAAAAUUGAAACACACAAUAUCUACUUCCACAGAUUCCUAGAAAGAAAGGCCAAAAAAGAGAGCAAGAUGGUUCAGACGGAUGAGAUCGAAGAGAGUGCGGAGUCGUUGGAAAUUGAAAAUCCAAAUCCCCUCGACGUGCCUGCAGGAAGGGAAAACAAGAUGGUUCAAACUGAUGAGAUGGAAGAGAAGCCGGAGCAGCAGCAGAUCCAACAUUUUGUAUUUGAGCCGUUGGAAAUUGAGAAGCCAGAGGUUCCAGUGGAAGUCAUUCCAGAAGAAGAGCGCCCCCCGGAGGAUUGUGACGUGUCUGCAGAAAUAUUUGUUUUUCCGACACACAAUGGUGUUUCAGACGAGAGUCCACAACGUGAAGAAGAGGAAGAGUGUACAGAAGAAGAGGAGGAGGAGGAGGAGGAGGAGGAAGAGGAGGAGGAGGAGGAGACACCAGAAGCCCCACCGGUGAUCGCAGAAGAGCCGAAAGCGGAGGAAGACGAAAGCGGGUUAAAGUCUGCGACGAGGUCGGACACGAAGAGCAAAGGGAGCAGCGUCGCCAAGGCCCGGCAAGUGUAUAACUUCACACAGAUCAUCGAGAACCUGCACAAGGGGCGGCCGGCCUACAGCAACUGGGACGCGAGUCCCUGCGAAGGCACCGAGGGCCCGAAGAGGCCGGAGGCCCCCGGCACCGGGGUUUGUCCACUUCCUGCCGUGAACCUGGCGGCGGGGGAACCGUCGGGGGGCGGAGACGCCGGCGAUCAGUGCGAGUGAAGGCCAGAAUGCAGGAGAACCUUCGGCCCCAGUGAGGCUCUUUGAUGGGUUAGUCGAACCUUUGGGUGAACUGUGGAGUUGUAUUGUCGUGGCAGCAGAAUGGGAUUUUCCUCAUGGUUUUUUGUUACAAAUGUUCGUCUGUGAAUAAAUAAUUUUUCGACACAAACACAAAAAA